AUGAAGAGUCUGAAAGAGCAGGCCGCUGACUCAGAGCGAAGGAAAGCGAUAGAUUUCGACCCCGAAGACGAUAGGUACUUACGCCCGAGUGACGAUGAAGUGUCUGAAAACGAAGACCUGCAUGAUGAUGCCAGCCGAGCGCACUACGAAACAGUGGGGGAGAGCAGACUGCGGCAGCCAGAGCAGCCAUUACUGGACGAAAAGUACGGAGGGGUGGCCGUGAGUCGCAAAGCACUCGAAGAUGAAGAGGACGAUGAAGAUAUUUUUGCGCCCUCAGACAAAGAAGAGGAUUUAGAUCACCGUUCUACCAGGGAUGAAGGUAUCGCUAGCGCUGAAGAGACUUCGAAAGAAGACGAAGACCCGUUUGCUGCCAGGGAUGAGGAUAUCCAAGCGGCCGAAGAGGCUUCGGAGGACGACAAAGGGCCGAGCCCGGGUAUGGAUCAAAAUGAAGAGUUAGAGAGCGACGAAGAGCCGGGAGAGGACCACAUAGAACCCUCCAACGAUAUAAGCCUGCGGAACAGCAGUGCCAAGAUACCAAAGGUUGUUGAUGCGAAGGGAGAGGACUUGCUUGAUGAGAUUGAGGAUGACUUGUCAGGUCUGUCGGAAGACCAGGCUUCCGGCGAGUCUGAUAUUAUCAAUAUGGGUGAUGGAGAAGACGACGGUGGCGGCGACGACGACGACGGCGACGACGACGACGACGACGACGACGACGACGACGACGCCUCCUCGAUGUCCUCAGCCACUUCAUCGUCUUCCUCACCAGAUGAAAAGCCCUCUCGAAAUGCGGGGCGUGAAGAACUGAGGAAAGCUGCAUUCGAGUCCGUAUCGACAGCGGCACUAGCAUCUGCAUUGUCAGCCGCGGCCAAUGCCGAUGUGAAGAAGGGUGAGGCGGUCAAGCAACAACGGCGAACGUUUGAUCGUCUCCUCGACGCCAGGAUCAAGUUGCAAAAGGGCCUUACGACUACGAAUGGGUUGCCUCCCUCCUUCGUCAACGAAGAGGAGGUGAAGAGCGCCGCGCGACAAGCUGAAGAUGCAGCGCUGGCUUUAUGGUCAACUAUCGACUCCAUACGCUGCACCAUUCUUUCCGCCCAAGGACACACCCCAUCCGAUGACAAAACCAAAAUUAAGUCUCUAAAAAGAAAACUUCCGCUCAACCCGACAAGAACAACCCCUCUCUCAGAGAUGUGGGAACAUUACACCUCCCUCGACACAUACUCCUACACGCUCCGCCGCAGCGUGAUCGACAAGUGGCACGCGAAAACCCAGCCAGUGCUAGAUCCUGCCCCGCGAUCCAAACUACUCAAGCCAUCUCAAGCGCCCGUACGCUCGCGCCUCACAGACGUGCUCGACACCUAUCUCGCAACCGAGUCCUCCAAACUCAUCGCCCAAUCCUACUCGCCAGAGACGCAGGCUUACGACGACGGACCAUUCUACCAAACCCUUCUCCGCGACCUGAUUGCCUCUCGCUCCGCCAGCGAUGCCGCCAUUAGUGACAACGCCGUACUGCCCAGCAAACUGCACAUAUCGGGCAGCAAACACAAAACCGUCGACAGAAAGGCGAGCAAAGGUCGCAAAGUCCGGUACACGGUGCACGAGAAGCUGCAAAAUUUCAUGGCGCCCGAGGAUCGCACCACGUGGAGUGAAGCCGCCAGGGCCGAGUUCUUUGGGAGUCUGUUGGGCAGGCUCGAGGCCUUAGAUGAGAGGGAAAGGGCAAGUGAUGACGACGGAGUUGAGGGCAUACAGGCAGACGAGGAGGACAGGGGCGAGAUUGAAGCAUUGAGGCUUUUCAGGAGAUAG